UCCAGAGCUGCCAGCAUGACAACAACGACUGUCGACGCGACCUUUGAGGCCUCGGCCAUCCGCCACUUCCAGGAGCUCCUGCGCAUCCCGACCGUCAGCGGCACCGGCGCCAAGGGCGCCUAUGACCAGUGCGCUGCGUGGCUCGUCGACUACCUUGGCGAGCUCAGUCUCCAGGCGCACGUCUUCUCGCCUGUCGCGGGCAAGCCCAUCGUCUUGGCGACGUGGGCGGGCGAGGACCCGACGCUGCCCGGUGUCCUUCUCAACUCGCACUACGAUGUCGUGCCCGUCAUGCGCGAGAGCUGGCACUACGACCCGUUUGGCGGCGAGAUCCGCGACGACGGCUUCAUCGUCGGCCGGGGCACGCAGGACAUGAAGAGCGUGUGCAUCCAGUAUCUCGAAGCCGUCCGGCUCUUGAAAGCGUCGGGCUUUGUGCCGGCGCGCAACGUGCACUUGUGCUUUGUGCCCGACGAAGAGAUUGGCGGCGUCGACGGCAUGGGCGAAUUCCUCAAGUCGCCCGAGUACAAGGCGAUCACGCCCUUGGCCAUCGCGCUCGACGAAGGUCUGGCCAACCCAACGGAAAAGUUUACAGUCUUUUAUGGCGAGCGCACGCCGUGGUGGAUCUACGUCAAGGCCGAGGGCCCGACGGGCCAUGGGUCGCGCUUCAUUGAGAACACGGCGACGUCCAAGCUCAUUGCGAUCUGCAACAAGGCGCUGGCCUUUCGCGACGAGCAAGAGAAGGCGCUUGGCGCGUCCUGCGGCUGCAAGCACGGCGACAUGAAGAAGAAGAAGCUCGGGGACGUCACGACUAUCAACCUCACGGUGCUCAAGGCCGGCGUCUCGAUGGACAAUGGCGCUACGUACUCGCUCAAUGUCAUUCCGACUGAAGCCACGGCCGGCUUUGACAUUCGCAUUUCACCGACGGCCGACCUCACCGAGUUCCACGCGAUGCUCGAUGCGUGGUGCGCGGCCGACGGCGUCUCGUGGUCGUAUGUUGGUGCGCCGCUGCACGAGCACCAUGUGACCUCGGUCGACGCCGAGACGAACCCGCUCUGCGCGCGGUUCCUCGAGACGUGCAAGGACCUUGGCAUGGACGUCGAGCUCGAGGUGUUUCCGGCGGCCACCGACAGCCGCUUCUUGCGCCAGAUUGGCGUGCCGGCGCUGGGCUUUUCGCCCAUGAACAAGACCGAGAUUUUGCUCCACGAGCACAACGAGAUGUUGCACAAGGAUACGUUUCUCAAGGGCAUUUACAUUUACCGCGACCUCUUUACGCACCUCUUGGCCUAAGCUACGGAGCGAACACGUUGCCAUUUUGUUGUUGU